UCAUCGGAGUGGCCCUUGAUCCAGCCAAUGGCAGACUCCUCAUCGGCGGGUCUUCUUGAUAGGUAUCAGCCCGGAGGCAGCUAUAGGAUUAGCAGUCAAGCCUUGAGUGAAAUGAAUGAGAUUGCAGGUUUCCGGCCACUUGUUUCACUGCAUGAACCUGAACCUGAACCUGAACCCGAACCUAUUCUUCCGUGGAUUCAAGCUCUCCUGAAUAUGGAUGAUACUCAUCUUAUUCAGACCACAUUCGAUCACUUCGAGGAGAGUCUAGAGGGACCAUUUUUACACCAACUCUCAAACAUGGUUGCCAUGGAUAAUAUUUCACCAGCGUUCCGCUUGACCGGAGGGGAGAUACUGUCGUCACCAAAAUACCAAGAAGCUUCAGAGAGCCUUGUUGGAAGUCGCCUUUGUCUCUCGGAGACAUUCUCAAUGAUGCCUGAUAUUGUUACUAUCCAUUACACUUCUGAGAAGGCCAGAAAGGUUCUCAAGAAGGCUGUUGCUCAUCGUGAGAGUCGGAAUAUGACUGAACAUGGUGUAGCCUCCCAAAUUCUUCCAGAUUUCGAGAAACCUGAGAAUGGACUGAGUCUCUCGCAGUAUCGCGCUGAUCCGGUCACGGUCCAGGCUCUGGAGCAGCCAAAUACUACCAACACGGCCGGCAAGCUGAAGGCAGAUGGCCCUCGAGUCACUUAUUCCGCUGAAAAGCUUCUCAGCCUUCGACAGAAUGUUUCCAGUUUCAGACAUGAGAACGUUGAGAGAGAGGUAGUCGGCCACGUUGUUCAACUGCCAGGUGGAGCCAAGUCUAUCAACCCAGCAAACAUCAUUGGACCAACUAAGAAUGGUCUUCCAAUUGUAGCCUGCCGAGAUCAAUUGGCAAGACAAUCAGACCGUAACAAUGUUGGCGGACCAUCUUUCAAGCCGACCACAACUGUUAGAGGUUGGCAAGCAUACUCUGUCGCAGAGUCUGGAGACCCAGCGGAGCCUUCACCCAAUACACGACCAGUGAAUGGACGUCCCAGUAGUCAACCCGUGGCAGUAUCUACUCAGAAGCCAAUGGUCCAAAGUACUCCUUCAGCCAAUACUUUCGGAGUAUCUACGCCUGUCAAGACUAAGCCAGUGGCGUCUCCAGCGGAGCCGGCUUAUCCCUCUCAAACACAGGAGACUGAUACGGCCCUCUGGGGUGCAUUGAUUACAACCGUCCGAGACAGACGGAUUCAAGGACUGUCGAACACGAAGCCACAGACACCUCUGGUUUCUCCACGGGGUAGUGGACAUGUCCCAACAAAUUCCGAGUGUGAUAGGCUUGCUGAAACAUUUGAAGGGCUGAAUUUGAGCAAGGAGCUGAAGGAAGCAACAUCAACCCCAAAUUCUCAACCUAUUGCGGCCACUGAUAUGUCCAUCGGUACUAUUCAAUCUCCUUCUAAGGAUCCGCCUCCACCUGCAUCGCCUCUCACAUUGUAUGAGGAGAUUAAGGAAGCAUUAGAGUCGCCCCUAACUUUGUUUUCUCGUCCUAUGCCAAGGGCAUCGACCGCACUGUCAAACUGUGUCGCCAACACAGUCAAUUCUGAUACUGACUCGGUCCCGCCUACUCCAACUUUGGCUGCGACCAAUACCGCGGAGGUAAAGACUGAGAAUUCAGCGGCUUUCCUAGUAUCACCAAUUGCUCAGGCACCUGCGAUCCCGAGUUCUACUCCCUCCUUCCCUCUAGAGCAUUCAGUAAAGACAGAGAGUCCAAACGUCAAUCUCUCAUCUGUCAACCCACCAGUUGCUAAAAAGAGAGAACCAACACCUUUAAAAUUUGAGGUUCAACCGGAGGAUGAGUCCAAAAUCGACCUCACGGUGAUCGAUGAGUUGGCCAACUUGAACCAAGUAAGAGCAGCGACACCGAUGAGCGACAAUGCGAACACUCCCGAAACGGUUUUACCAGCGCCACAAAUCUCUGAAAGGGCAUUGCCAUUCUUGCAGAAUAUCACCAACAAGGACCUGAAGGGUGCCCCCGGUCUGAAGGCUUCCAGGUGGGCGAAUGAGCCUGUUGCUCACGCUCCGGUCCCUGGAGCACGACCAGCACCAAUGACCACGUUUAUCCCCACGAUUCCGCAUCCAGUUUAUCCCUUUUAUGCAAAUGCUCCUCCGCAGGUUUUUGGUAAUGCUUUUGCAUCGCCACCAUCGAUUCAUGCCCCGAUCGUGCCCCCGGCUUUACAGACCGUUCUUGUUGUGGACCCUAUGCAUCCUGGCCACUUCAUGGAAGUUACUGGUCUCCCCAAGGACCAAGUAGCUCAACCGGUACUUCCACUAAUGACAAUUCCACCAAUGAUGAGUCCUCCUGCGAGGCAGGGAAAUGUUCAACAUUUCCAACAAACACCGCCAGCCAACUUUGCGCCUCGACCAGACAUGUACCGUGGCCACAAGUCAACUGGGUCUUCAGGCUCUGAUUUGAAUUUCAAUUCUAGCAGUACACCAUUCUCUCCUUCCAGAGGCCAUGGUGCCAGUGCUAUCUCCCCGCAACAGAGAACCGCAUUGUCACCUGUUCGCCAGGGUGAGAAUGUUCAAACCAAGCUGCAAUCCCGUCUUAACAGCAGUUUGGCAGGCAGAUCUCCAAACCGUCAAGCAUGAGUUUGGUCGAUGAUUUUCUUUUCGGAGUGGCGAAUGUUUGCUUGUUAGGCUUUCGACUAGCAAGCUGUUUGGUCUUGGUUGAUGUGAUUGCAAUCUGGACCUAAUUGGUGCUUCUGAUCGAUACUGGACGGGCAGGUUGAGAUCAUUUGUGCUUUGGCGAGAGACGAGAGGAUGCAUACCGAAGAAACGUGAUACCAGGCUUCCGAUAACGAUAUCAAGCGCUGCGCUGAUGUACCACUCUAGUUUAGACUAGAACACCAAAAAAGCAAUUUGUUUUGCAAACAAGUUUUCUU